GCAUCUAAUCAGCUGGUUUCUGAUUGGCUGGAGUGAGCCAGAUGCCAGAGAGCGCCAGAAAACAAGCUUGAGCGGGUGAUGCUGGAAUCUCUAUGGGACAGUGCAGAGUUUCAGCUAGUCGGACAGGAGUCUCAAAGGAGUGGAGGUACAAGCUGAGGAAGACUCCCCGCUUAUUUUGAAGAGGGAAACUAGCUGCUAUGUUGUUCUGAAUUAACUACGCACUGACAAGUCUGUAAAACCGGGCAGUGAGAAACAUCGGAGUACUUCAUUCAUUCACUAGCGGAGAAGGUUUUUCCAGAUGGAAGUUGAAUGUCUAGCACUGAAAGACCUCACAAGUCCGAGGAAAGGUCUCACGGUGGAGCUGCAGGAGGAGGAGGAGGAUGGUGGCCAAAGUGAACAAAAGGAAAACAUCUGCACAGACAGGAGAAGAUCCACGCCGCUGAAAUCUGCCGAGUCCACUGUCCCUGCUUUGCUGAUGAACAGAAAAGGUGCCACCCCUGACUUAGCCCACAUCACCCCCAUCAAACACACAACCCUGGUGGAGCCCUGGACACCCACCGCCAACCUGAAGAUGCUGAUCAGCGCCGCCAGCCCCGACAUCCGGGACAGGGAGAUGAAAAAGGUGCUGUUCAGACCCAUAGAGAAUGAAAAGGACAAGCCCAUGAGUCCAGAUGCUGUGGUGGAGGACACAGAGGUGGAAGACCCCAGUCAGUUUGAAGCUGCAGAGGAAGAGGACGAUGCAGAUAAAAAGCCAAGCAGGAAGCAGAAGAGUCUGGGGUUGCUGUGCCAGAAGUUCCUGGCCCUCUACCCGGAUUACCCACCACCGCACAGCCCCAUCUGGAUCUCACUGGAUGAGGUGGCAACCAGUCUUGGGGUGGAGCGGCGGCGAAUCUACGACAUCGUCAACGUGCUGGAGUCUCUCAUGAUCGUGGGUCGGAUGGCCAAGAACAGCUACACCUGGUACGGACGUCAGCGGCUGGAGGCCACCCUGAAGGAGCUGCAGCAGAGGGGCCGAGACCAGGGCUACCACCUCCAGAUGGAGCUGGCCUCCGAGGCCAGGGAGCUCGGACCGGGACGCGAGGACGACGGAGGGGAAGGAGACUCUGGCAAUGCUGGUGGCAACAGGAAAGACAAAUCUCUGCGCAUCAUGAGCCAGAAGUUUGUCAUGCUGUUCCUGGUGUCCAAAACCCAGACUGUCACUCUGGACGCAGCAGCGAAAAUACUCAUCGAGGAGAGUCAGGACUCGUCAAGCCACAGCAAGUAUAAAACUAAGGUGCGGCGACUGUACGACAUUGCCAACGUGCUGACCAGCCUGGGCCUCAUAAAGAAGGUCCAUGUCCGUGAGGAGAGAGGCAGGAAGCCGGCCUUCAAGUGGCUUGGCCCUGUUGAAUUCAACCACUCUAUAAAUGCUGGAGAUACUGUGAGCGUUGCAGCCGUCUCUCUUCCCGGGGCCACACAGCCAAUGACAAACCAGGACCUCAGAAAAGCCAAGAUGGCACGACACGCCUCUUUCAACAUCACGCCCACUUCUGUGGGCGUCAAGCGGCAGGUUAGCUCUGCACCCAGCAGCCCACGACGAGAACCUCCAGGUCUGCCAAACCAGCCUGUGGAUUAUUCCAAAAGGACACGAAACAAUACAGUGUGUCGACUGCAGUUUGGAAACAGCACUGAUGACCGCCCUGGCUCAGCACUGCAGACCCCCACCUGCAGCAGCAGCCUGCUGCCUUCUCCCACCACCCACCCCACCCUGCUGGCACCUUCCCUCCACUCACAGCACCUCCUCACACCUUCAUCCUCUUCCCAUUGCUUGGCCUACCUGCCCAGCCUGUCCCAGCCUUCGGUGGUCAUGCUGUACAGGGCGCUGGACAAGCCUGAUGAGACAGCUGAAGGUCAGAGAUCACCCAGGUUGGAGUCUGAGGAGGGGAGGAAGAGGAAGAUGGAAGAAAGAGAAGAUGAGGGGACUGUGGUGAAAAAGAAGGGAACAUCUGGAUUGGAGGAAUGUGACAAGAUGAGAGCUGAGGCUCACAGGGAAGCGGCAGGAUGUUCACAGACAGGAAACAGCAGGACUUCGCCCAGUUGCCCAUCUGGCCUCCCCAGAGAGCAGACGUUCGCUGAGAGUCCAGGUGGCAGCAGCAGCGAGCCCAGCCAGCCAUCACACUACCUCUACGUACCCAACAAUGCAGGUCUGAAUAGCCUCAACUUCCUCCUCUCUGCCGGACAGUCUCCAGCAGGCCUCGCACUUCCUCCCAGCAGUGUUCCCACCCUGGCGCUGCCUUACGUCCUGCUGCCCUCUGCGGCCCUCUCCGGUUACCCCCUGUUGGCCAGCGGACUACCACAACAAGGAUCUGAUGCCCACAACAAAUUGAGCUUCAGCCUGCCUGCCGUGAUGUCACCUGCCCACUUUAUGGUGGGGACGGUGCCGUAUGGCCUGGCAGCAGCAUCAGACAUCAGCAAGUCACCGAUUCCAUCGCCAUCCACUCCAGAACACAACAGGCCGAACGGGUCAGCGGCAGGAGCGCCACAUUCUCCCUCGAGACCUUGUCAGACUGUCACCAUCAACACACCAGAACCACUGGCACCACUAACUCCAAAGGAAACCACGGCGUCUGCCUCUAAGGCUUUCUUCCAGACCCCGGGCACACUGGGAAAUGUAGUCAGUGCAAUGCCAGCCGCCCGAAAAAGAGGCUCCGCGCAGAGGAGACUGGACGUCAGCCACUCUGCGAGCAGUUAGACGUGUGAGGAGACGGAGGAGGUGGCUGACAUGCCGUUUGAACACAGGUGUUGAUCCUAAAAGAGAAGAGUAUGGUUUUAAACCACUGGUGCUUUGUUAGUGUAUUAAUUCGUUAUUCACGAAUUAAUAAAUAAAAUAAGGGUUUCCUUUCAAAAUGUUAAUUUUAGCUUUUUUUCGGAAGGAGGGGGGUAUAAACCAAACUGUGGACGUCUUAUUUUGAAAUGAAAGUUCUCUUAUUGGUCGUUGUGUUAACAGUUCAAAUGUGCCUCAUGGUUCAAUCAUGGGACACAAGAUUGCAGAGUGAGUGAAGCAGUAUUGCCAAUGUGACAGUGCCCUCCUGUGGUGGGAGUUGGCCACUGCGAUAUUUUUUUUGUAUUUCAGCCUUAAUUUUUUCCCUCCCAGAUAUGAAUCAAGCUACCUAAUUCCCCAUCAUUUAUGUAUUGUAGCCCAACUGCUAUUUAUAUUUUAGAUAAUAUAUGUUGAUUACAGGGACUGUAAUGGAACAUUAACUUUCUUUCUUUUAGCACUAAGUAUUUGACAAAUGUAUGUCUAAUAUUGAAGUGAUUGUCUUUAGCCAGCCCCUUCAGGUUUGGUUACGUUAUUAAGGUGUAAUAUGAAAUCUGUGAGCUGCUGAUUGACGUUGAUGGUAGCAUAAAAUCCUGUCUUGGCUCAUUUUAGACAUCACUGUGAGGAGAAUAUCACUAAAGCCUUAAAUGUUUACAGCCAGCCAAGUAUCUCAAGGAACCUUUAGUCCAUUUACUCAUCAGGAAGACAAACGUUACUGGUGCUGUGUGUGUGUGUGUGUGUGUGUGUGUGUGUGUGUGUGUGUGUGUUCGUGUUCACUGAGUAUCUGCAACCAUAGUGCUUAAUGAUUAAACGCCAAACCUUUUAGCUCCAUUACUGAAAGCUAGAGGACAAUUUGACAAUGCUCUCAGGUACUUGAAUACUUGUUACUUUACUAAAAGAUGUUGAAGAGAUAUCAGAGUACUGUAAAGAUUUUUUUAAUUAUUAUCCAAGAGAGCAGACUGAAUUUCUAUGCUGUCCCACUGUUCUACGUCCAUGCAGCUGGGAGACUCCCAGUUUGACCACACUCUGCUGUUGGCUGGAGCAGAUGUGGGGUUGAGUGCCUUGCUUAAAGGCACCUUGCUGAGAGGACAGAGCUUCCCAGGUUGUCCUGGGAUUUGUGUCAUAGUAAACCCACUGGCUUGCCUCCAGACAACCCCAAUCGAGAUAUCGGUGCUUCUUACGGGACUCAUUCAGGAGAGCUUAGCUAUGUCACACCAAAGGGUGCACAGAUAAUCCACUCUGAUCAGUGGAUGCCUAGUCAUUCAUGUAUAGUUUUAUGUCAGUAACUAUUUUUGUACAUUGUUUGCAUAGCGUCAUUUAUACUUCCACGGGCAGAAUGUCAAAUGCUGCUUUACUGUUUUUAAAAUAAUGAUUACCGCACUGAUAGGUUUAGCGGUUUGUGUCAGCUGUGUGUUCACUGUAGCUCUGCUCUCUGUGUAGUUAAGGGCCAAACUGCUUUUCUUCUGUAUGACUUUCACAGCCUUUCAUUAAAAAUGUAUGACGCCAA